AUGCACGCCUCGGUCUCUUUCUGCAGCCACGACUCUUCAAGUGAGAAGGUAUCGGCCACGUCGACUGAGAGAUCGACGUCGUAGGUUGCGCACCACUGCAUGCGGGCGCAGCGGAGGUUCUGCUGCACGCCCUUCAGACGGACCCGGAGCUCGGGCCGGGGCACCACCUGGCUCUUGACAUGCUGGUGGACGCCACGGAGCACGUGGUCGGCAAAUAAUUCCAUCCCGUGCCCCAGGGGUAUCGGUUUCCGAUAAAGGGCAUCGAACCGGGAUGGAAAGUAGAGAUAUUCCCUUCCCAAGGUGCGGAAAAUGACAUAGCCGUCUGCGUCGGCGAUAUCGAUAGACAGCCAGCGACAGAGCUACUUUUUGACCUGGACGACCUCCCAGUGCGAUCCUUGGAGGGCGCCUCGACGCAUGCCAUCUCGGGCGAUGAUGACGACCCUGUUUUUGUCCGCUAUGCCUAUGUGCUUGGCAAUCGCCUCCUGCAGCUGUCCGACCGUCGCGAGCGCAGCGAUGGCCUCAUGCAUCAUGGCUGCGAGUGUUUCCUCCAGCGGGUCGUCGGUCUCGCUCUGCCAGUGCGAGAACCUCCACUCUGAUGAGGACUGGGGCCCCGACACACGGUACCAGAAUUCCUGGGUCUCGGUGGUGAUCUCAGCGUCGGGGCCUGGCUCUUCUCCUUUCUUGUCAAAUAGCUGGAAGAAGUCGUCGUCUCGGUUUCCAAGCUUGUACCUGAGGAGGUACUUCAGAACUUGGUGCUUCAGCUCGGAUAUCGUGAGGCCUUUCGGGAGGCCGAUUAAGAAAACAGGGGCGCCGAAGACUUCAGAUGGAGCAUCAAGCGGCCGCAGCCGAAUAUGUACCUCGGAGAGCUUGUCGCGGUUCUGCCCCCAUCGCGGCACGAUCUUGUGCCGCGAUGGCGGCUGAUGUUCCUCGUCGUCGAAAUGCUGACGUGGAAGAGAAAUUGCAGUCGCGAAGCUGUUGUUG